AUGGUGGCAGAUUGGGGACCAGUGGUGGUUGCAGUAGCGAUGUUCAUCUUACUGUCACCGGGUUUGCUAUUCCAACUACCUGCAAGGACCCGGGUGAUUGAAUUCGGGAACAUGUACACCAGUGGGAUUUCCAUACUGGUUCAUGCCAUCUUAUUCUUCUGCAUAUAUACAAUCUUGAUAGUUGCUAUUGGUAUUCACAUACGGUCUGGCUGAUUCCGGCAAACAUUUAAGUUCUCUUCGCCAGCCCUUAUGCUACAGUCAAAUCCUCAACUCUUCUUGGAAAGUUUUUGCUGAAGGGGGAUUCUUGUUUUAUCAACCUUUUUCUGUGUUUCUUUUCUUUUGAACCAGUUUGAUCUUCUGAAACACUAUGACAAAGUGUUGUGCGUUCUAAUGUCAAUGUUUAUCAAAUUCAUCAAAUGAAAGGAACAAGUUUUUGGACCA